GGGAUAGAGGGUUUGAGAGGAAUAGGAUUCCGACAAAGAGCUACGAAGAACAAAAAUAAAAACAGAAAAAAAAAUUGAAACAAAACAAAACAGAGGAGGGAAAGGGGAGAGACUGGGAUUAUGGGAGGAGGCUGGAUGCAGGUCCCGCCCUCCUGGCAGUGGGUUGGUCAGGAAAACCCAAUUCCCGCGCCGUGAUUGGCCGGAUCGCCAGCUUGCCGUCACAGACACAAUAAAGUUUUCGCACUGGGACGCUCGAAGCCAGUAGGCGCAAAACAAGGAGCCGCUGCGCGCAUCUCACUGACAGCCAGACGUUACCGCCGCAACGCACAGUGGGGGAUUUAUCAGACAUGUAGAUGUUUCCAAGCUGCGGGAGACCUGCCAGCUUCCAUUCCACCGCACGGCCCCGGCAAUGCUUCGCCGCCGAGCUUUUCUGGAUAUUUGACGAGUGGCUCGGAGUUUGAUGCUGUAGCUCCAAGAGACGCACGGGACGACACGCGCCGCGCUCCUGCCGGACUGACCAGAAACCCCACGUGCAUCGGUUUGCAGGGCGUCCCACUGUACCGGAGUCUGUGGAGAUAAUAAUAACAAUAAUAAAGAAUAACGGCAAGAGUUCACCCGCCUCUGUUCUGGUGGCGCUUUUCUUUUUUUUUUUUUCUAUUGUUGUCAAAAUGCCUGGGACGACGACGCCGAUGAUGGUUGCGCUCUCGCUCCUCCUCGUCUGCCCGCUCUUCAUGGCCAUCGACGCGUUCGGCGGCGGCGGCGGCGGCGACGACGACGAGGAGGAGAUGACCUGCGACCCGAUCCGCAUCAGCAUGUGCCAGGGCCUGGGCUACAACGUCACCAAGAUGCCCAACCUGGUGGGCAACGUGCUGCAGUCGGACGCCGAGCUGCAGCUGACCACCUUCACGCCGCUCAUCCAGUACGGCUGCUCCAGCCAGCUCAAGUUCUUCCUUUGCUCAGUUUAUGUGCCCAUGUGCACGGAUAAGGUUCCCAUCCCCAUUGGGCCAUGUAAGAGCAUGUGUUUGUCCGUCAAGAGAAAAUGCCUCCCUGUUCUCCAUGAGUUCGGCUUCAUAUGGCCUGAGGUGCUCAAUUGCAGCCUCUUCCCACCCCUAAACGACCACAACCACAUGUGCAUGGAGGGUCCAGGCGACGAGGACCCCCCCUACCCGCCGGUCCGCCACCCUCCCCACCAGGAGGAGUGCCAGGCUCUGGGAUCUGCCCCUGAACAGUACACCUGGCUCAAACAGACCGAAACCUGUACCCUCCAGUGCGGCUAUGACAGCGGCCUCUACCGACGGGGAGCGAAGGUCUUCACGGACGCCUGGAUGGCAGUGUGGGCCGUGCUGUGCUUCUUGUCGACCACUCUCACCGUCCUGACCUUCCUCCUGGACUCGCAGCGCUUCUCCUACCCCGAGAGGCCGAUUAUCUUCCUAUCGAUGUGCUGCAAUCUGUACAGUGUUGCUUACCUGGUACGGCUGACUCUUGGAAGAGAGCGAGUUUCCUGUGACUUGGAUGCCACCGCCGUUCCGAUUCUGGUCCAGGAAGGAUUAAAAAGCACCGGCUGUGCCAUAGUCUUCCUUCUCCUCUAUUUCUUUGGCAUGGCCUCCUCGCUGUGGUGGGUGAUCCUUACCCUCACCUGGUUUUUGGCUGCCGGACUGAAGUGGGGCCACGAGGCGAUUGAAAUGCACAGUUCGUACUUCCACAUCGCGGCCUGGGCCAUCCCAGCUGUUAAAACCAUUGUGAUCCUAAUAAUGAGGCUGGUGGAUGCUGAUGACCUCACUGGGCUGUGCUACGUGGGUAACCAGCAGCAGGAGGCCCUCACGGGCUUUGUGGUUGCCCCAUUAGCGACGUACCUUCUCGUAGGCACGCUGUUCAUCUGCGCAGGCCUGGUUGCUCUUUUCAAGAUCCGGUCUAACCUGCAGAAGGACGGAGCCAAAACAGACAAACUGGAGCGUCUAAUGGUGAAGAUCGGGGUGUUCUCCGUUCUUUACACGGUCCCGGCUUCCACGGUCAUCGGGUGCUACCUCUACCAGCUCUCUAACUGGGAGGAGUUCAAGACCAACCCCCGGGACUCGUACGUGGCGUCGGAGAUGCUUCGGAUCUUCAUGUCGCUGCUCGUGGGCAUCACCUCGGGCAUGUGGAUUUGGUCGGCGAAGACCCUCCACACCUGGCAGCGCUGCUCCACCCGCUUGCUGAGGGACAGGCAGGCGAGCCGCGGCGGCAAGAGGGCGCCGGGGGAGAGCUGGAUCAAACCGGGGAAGGGCAACGAGACAGUGGUGUGAGAAGACGGAGGGAAAAACUGGACAGGAAAUAAGUUCUGCGUCGUUUUUUUUUUUUCCCUCAUAGAGAAACUCGCUCUGCCAAAUGAAGGAUGAAGAAAGUCAGCAGGCUGGUUAUAAAUGGGACAGAGGAUAGUAGCCAGACCUUCUCAGAGAAGCCACUGGAUAUAACGCCAUCGCAUGAACUCCCUGCCUCUAACAGGAGCUAUGAAGGAGGAAAUAGGAAGACUGAGUCAUACAGUUCAUUGCAAGAGUAGCCUCUCUACCUCUUAUUAGGUUUCAGUUGCAUAGAGAGGUGUAAAAAACAAACAAAAAUAAAACGGGGGGAAAAAAACAAGAAAAAGAGAUACUGAGUAGGCAGAAAAGCUGCAAAUACAAGCACUGGUUCUAGCUCUCCGUCUCUCUUUUUCUUAAGUGCUCAGCAGAAGAGACUCACCCUGCUGAAUGCAGUAAAGCUGUGUGCCAUUGUGACUUUUAAAAAGGCUUUUAAAUGUUACAUUUUGACACUGGAGCAGAUACGCAGAUACCUGGCUUCCCAGAAGCGUCUGGCGACGGCUGAAAAAAUGUGUCUGCAGUUAAAUCAAACGUUAAAACAGCCACACAGACUAAUAAAAUCCCAAAUACUGCCUUAAAUUUCUACAAUUUGUUUACAGAUAAACGUUCUGGAUUUCUGUCAAGUAAUUUCUUUUGUAUCAUACACUAGUACAUGUGGAUUUUAUCGCUUUGAAUGUGUAGGAAAGAGGCUCUAUGCUGUGAUAAUGCACUAUAAAUGUAUAAUAUGUGAAAUGUGAGCACAAAAGGUAGAAGGUCUGAAAGCAAAUCAUUAAAAUUCACAGUUAUGUCUAGAGAGCCAUUAAAAGGAAUAGUUCCGAUUUCUUUUUUUUUUUUUUUUUUUAGAGAGAGAGAUGAGGUUCUACCAGAAGGUUAUAGGCGGUUAUUAUCUUACUCGCGGAAGAUAUUUUUCUUAGUGUCUUCACUUUGUAUAAAUUGAGACGAGUUGGUCCAGGAGGCUGAUCUGUCGUCUUAACACAAGUCUGAUCUGAAAAACAUUGCAGCGGUUUAUGCAAACUUAUGUCCCGAGCAGACGAGGUGUGGGCAUCAGACUCCUGGGCAAACUAAACUUAAUUUAUGCUAAAUAAAGGCGCCAAAAGAGUUAUCUCGUUGGGUAAGAUAAUAACUACUUACAAGCUUAGCAUAACCUCCCCUCAAAGAUCCUGAACUUUGCUUGUGGGACGUUCUAGCAAAAAUAUCAUAAAUCUCCCAGAAAUACCGAAAAAUCUGUACAAUCAAUAUGUAACUUUGAUAUAUUUUGCUGUUUUUUUUUUUUGUCAUGCCUAAACCGCAGAGAAAUGAGCCUUUGUGUGUCACCUCAGCAUGUCUGUGAGAAACUCAGCUAGCUUCCAAUGAUGUGUUUAGUCUUCCUGCAAGCCCUGCACUCUAUACGCUCGUGGGUCACCAUGCAAUUCAGGAAAUUUAAUUAUUAACCCUGCCCUUUUCCAAACAUUGGAUCCCGGGCAGGUUUUUUCGGAAGAGAAGUUGUGGGACAUUUAGCUGCCAAAACACACAUUAGGCAACAGCGAGAAAGAGUCAUGGGAUACUGUUUUGUGGAUGAACUUCCAGAGUUGUGCUCGAUACGUAAGUUGUGACCGGAUCAGAGCAAAGUGCGAUGAUCUGACGUUAAAGCCUUUGAGCUCGGUGUACCAGAGGGCCAUCCACUGAAAGACUAAGGUGCUAAAGGUGUCCUCGAGGCUGCUGUUCCUUACAGAUGCAUCAAUCGAGGCUCAACAAAUCCAAUAACCCUCUUCUUCAGCAGCAAUAAGCUUUUUUUUUUUUUUUUUUGUUCUUCCUCGUCUUGUUAAAAUUGUUUCUUCAUACUGCCAUCGCAGUGGCAGCACAAUGCAACUGGCUCUGUGAGCAAAGAUAUCCCCCUAUUAACCUCACUUGAUAUGUCACACCUAUCUUCCUCAGACAAUCAGAGUUCCUCCCCAGAACACAGUUUUGUAGGUUCAUUGUAUUUGUGAAUUAGGCACGAUUUUCAAGUUGCUGCUCAUAUAUGCCCGGGAACCUCCCCUCCACAUUUGUUCUUAUUACGUCUUCAGUAAUUUCAGUCUCCUUUUCGAUCCCAAGAGAUCAUGAAAAAUGGUCAACAACCAGUUAGUGCCUCACCAGGCCUGCCCAAUAGGAAAAGGGCAUUUCCUGGCCAUGUGUUUCCCCCCCCAAAGAUGAUGCAUUCAGGGGACGGUCGUUGUGGCGAACCUGACACCGUUUACACAAACCAGCUUCAUCAGACCAGCAGACCUCGCUACACUUAUUAAAUUUCCAAAGUCAAACAAACAUUGUAUUCACUUAAAGUGAAUUAAAUUAACCUGUGACCACCUCCCCUCUGAGCUAAUGUAGUUUCCCUCUUAAAGCGUCUAAAGCAGCCACUCACCACCACCCCCCUCUGCCUCGUUCUUAUGACCACUCUGAGCUUAAGGUGACAUUUCUAAACAGUCACUGAAUGUGCCUUAACCCCCCCCCCCCCCCCCCCCCUCUAGUGAUUGUGUGUGCAGGACUUCAACCACCGGCGGUGCAGAUUUGUAAAUUCUUUUGGAAGCCCACUCAUGAAUCACCUCUUGAGCUCGGUUAGCCGGCUCAGAGAAUGGCCUUGAAGGUUUAACCCGCUCCAUGUUGUGUUGAACACUCUUGUUCUCUGAUGUAUUAUGAAAUGCUAAUUUAUCCUUGUAAAAAAAAAAAAGCAAACAGAAAAAAAAAUGUGACAAAUUUUAAAAACUUGUUUAUUUAAAAGACACUUUUGUAUCAGAAGAAGAUGAAUAAAAAGUUUUUGGUUUCUAACUGCUUAUGCUUUA